AUGAAUUCAUCACAAAAACCAAACGUUGUAAUCUUGGGCGGAGGUUAUGCCGGAAUUGCUAUAGCCACAAAACUCGAAGCCGCCUUGCAUAAAACUCACCAAAUCCUUUUGAUUGAACGUAAAACCCACUUCUAUCAUGCUGUCGCUGGACCAAGAGCGGUUACUAUUGAAGGAUUCGAGGAAAAAAUAAUGAUCCCAUAUGAUCAUAUGUUCAAAUUUGAUGGUAAAGUGAUUCAUGCGAUCGCCACAUCCAUACGACAACGUGAGAUUACCGUUAGCUUAGACGGCGACAAUAACAAUCAAAGGAACAUUCCAUUUGAAUAUUUGAUUAUCGCCACCGGAAGUAGUUAUCCACGACCCGGAAAGAUGGAAGCUGAUAACAAGUUUGAUGCGGUUAAACAGAUUGCUGAACAAAGGAAUGCUAUUAAGAACGCAAAAAGGAUCUUGAUUGUUGGUGGAGGACCAGUUGGUAUUGAACUCGCCGGAGAAAUCGCAUCAGUCUAUCAAAAUAAACAAAUUACACUUGUUCAUUCCGAAAAAAGUUUACUCAACUCGAAAUAUCCACAAAAAAUGAGAGAUAUGUUGGCCGAUCAGCUAAAAGAAUUGAAAGUGAACCUAGUGUUGGGUGAAAGAGUUGACCUUACUUCGAUCAGUACUGACGGAUUAACUCCGGUUACCUUAGAAACCAAUAAUAAUAGAGUGAUUGAAUCCGAUAUACAAUUCGUGACCAUCGGUAGCAAGCCCAAUACCGAAAUCAUAAAAACAUUAGAUGCCUCUCUUCUUGAACUUAAUACAAAUCUGGUCAAGGUUAAACCCACUCUUGAAUUGGAUAAUGACAACUACGAUCGUAUAUUUGCUGCGGGUGAUAUUACCAAUAUUCAAGAAACUAAAAUGGCUUAUCGGGCGGGUCUCCAUGCCGAAAUAAUAGUAAAAAAUGUACUGGCAAAGGUUAAUAAUAAUAGAUUGGUUGAUUAUAAGUCUCCACCAGAAUUAAUUCUUGUUACCGUUGGAAAGAAAAAGGGCGCAGGUCUCUUACCGAUGUUUGGUGGUAAGGUUGUAGGAAGUUUCAUGAUUAAAGGCAUAAAGGGCAAAAGCUUGUUUAUUGAUAAAUACUGGAAAUCUUUGAAUGCCAAACAAGAAAAGUAG